GCGUGUAUAUAAAAAUAUAACUUUCGAGUUCUGAUCCAUCUAUCCAUUUUCAAGCUCUCAGCCAUGGAGGUUCCACGGCUCUUUCUCAUCGUCUUCCUAAUCUCCAUUGCCAACCCCUUUUACUCUUGUUUGAGCCUGCAACCUUCUCUUAAUUCGUUCACACCAUACUGGAAUUCCUCAGUCAAAGAUCACAUAACCGGAGUCGCUAAUGAUCCAUUUACAGUGAAUUGGAUGAAGAAGAUAAGGAGGGAGAUUCACGAGAACCCAGAACUGGCAUAUGAGGAGUUCGCCACAAGCGCGGUCAUUAGGCGUGAGCUUGAGGAGCUGGGUGUUGGGUAUCGGUGGCCGGUAGCCCGGACUGGGGUUGUGGCCACCAUUGGUUCAGGGUCUCCACCUUUUGUUGCUCUGAGGGCAGACAUGGAUGCUUUGCCUAUUCAGGAAAUGGUAGAAUGGGAGCAUAAGAGCAAAGUCGAUGGAAAAAUGCAUGCCUGUGGACAUGAUGCACAUGUAGCAAUGCUCCUUGGUGCGGCAAAGAUACUUCAAGAAAUCCGAGAUGAAUUGCAGGGAACCGUUGUUCUUAUAUUUCAACCAGCGGAGGAACGUGGGGUAGGUGCAAAAGACAUGAUCCAGGAAGGGGUGCUUGAAAAUAUCGAGGCUAUCUUUGGGAUUCAUACAGUGCAUGGGUAUCCAACAGGCACAGUUGCUGCACGGUCUGGAGAGUUUCUAGCUGGGUGUGGAGGCUUCAGAGCAAAGAUCAGUGGGAGAGGGGGUCAUGCUGCAAGUCCGCAGCAUUCUAUUGAUCCAAUCUUGGCCGUUUCGACAUCAGUGAUUAGCUUGCAAAAUAUUGUUUCCAGGGAGAUAGAUCCUUUGGAUUCUCAGGUGGUUUCUGUAGCCAUGAUCCAUGGAGGGACUGCAUUUAAUGUCAUUCCAGAUGCAGCUACUAUAACUGGAACUUUCAGAGCCUUCAGCAAGAAGAGCUUCUAUGCCCUCAGGGAAAGGAUAGAAGAGGUUGUCAAAGCACAAGCAGCAGUGCAUCGGUGCUCAGCAGAAAUUGACUUCGCAGGAAUGGAACAGCCCACAAUUCCUCCAACUAUAAAUGAUGAGAGGAUUUAUGAACAUGUAAGACAAGUCUCCAUUGAAAUAGUGGGUGAAGAAAACACAAAAAGAUCUCCAUCCUUCAUGGGCAGUGAAGAUUUUGCCUUUUACUUGGACAAAGUACCUGGAUCCUUCCUUUUAGUAGGCAUGAGAAAUGAGAGGGCAGGAUCCAUAUAUCCUCCACACAGCCCUUACUUCAGCAUUGACGAAGAAGUGCUUCCCAUUGGGGCUGCAAUUCAUGCAGCAUUUGCAUAUUCUUACCUUUCAAAUUCAACCAAAAAUUCGCCCUUCCAUAGUAGCUAAAUGCUCCCUGUAUUUAUUCUCUCACAAUCUUUCAUUCUACAGUGGUCUCUUAUAGAGUCAUUUUCUUUGUUUAUUUGCUCUCCUAAGCAAGACGAAGGGAAUUCUUCAGAGAAUGCAGGAAGAAAACGAUUUUCUGGGGAGGUAACAGGCAGAAAUAAUAUACAAAGAAUGCAUUGUCCUGCACAUUUCAGUACGUAGGAUUUUCCCUCCUGGUCUGUUAAUGUAAUGGAGGGUGUUGUAACAUAUUUUGAAACUGAACCUGCAGAAUUCAGGCCCCUUAAUGUUAUUGCAUUGAAAUUAAAGCUUAAGUUUCACAA